GGACAUGCAUGCCCUCGCUCUCUUCGACCUCUCUGACCGCGUCGCACUCGUAACCGGCGGCGGCACGGGCGUUGGCCUCAUGAUAGCUCGAGGUCUGGCCGCGAACGGCGCCAAGGUGUAUAUCGGCGGACGUAGAGAGGAUGUCUUGGCAGCGAGCGCGGUGGAAUACAAGUGGCAGGGCAAAAUCAUUCCGUACGUGCUCUCCAACCUCCCAUCAUAAUCUACCGUACCCUUUCAAUGUCAAUCGGUCUAUCAUGAGCUGACCUCUAACCAGCCUCCCCAUGGACGUCACCGACAAAGGGGAAAUUCUUACCGCAAAAAAGCACAUCGCCCGCACCGACGGCUACCUC